GAGAAAUCUCUUGCUCCGUUCUUGUGAUGAGUGUUUUGAGCCGCGGGGUCCUUGGGUGGGCUAGAUGGAGAUCGUCGCGACCCAAAUGGACCGAGAUCUGUUUCCAGAGGAAGGAGGCCACUGUGGGAUCCACAAUGGCUGGCGCAACAAGGCUCAAGACUUUCCAAGAACUGCCUGGCGCCGGGUUCUGGAGCUUCGUAUACUGGAGCCUUUUUAGGGGCUAUAUUCUGCACACGCACGAGUUACAGGUGAUAUAUAAGAAGCUAUAUGGACCCAUGUGGAAACUUGCAGUAGGCAGAGAGAAAUCUGUUAGCAUCGCAUCCCCUAAAAUCAUGGAGAAGAUGAUGCGACAAGAGGGGAAAUACCCUAUGAGGUGUGACAUGGCUGAGUGGAAGGAGCACCGGGACUUGAGGGGUCUAGCAUAUGGGCCUCUGACAGAGGAAGGGGAACGCUGGUAUCACUUACGCCAGGUACUGAACAAGAGGAUGCUGAAACCGUCAGAGGCCAUGUUGUAUGCAGAUGCCAUCAAUGAAGUGGUCUCUGACCUGAUGGUGCACCUGAAGAAUGAGAGGGAGAAGAGUCCUUGUGGGGUGGUAGUUCAGGAUGUUGCCAACCAGCUCUACCGAUUUGCCCUGGAAGGCAUUUCAUACAUUCUCUUUGAGACCCGCAUUGGCUGCUUGCAAAAGGAGGUGCCCGCAAAAACACAGGAUUUCAUAAAUUCCAUUGGUCUCAUGUUUAAGAAUUUCGUUUUUGUCAAUGCUCUGCCCAAGUGGACCCGGGAGAUGCUGCCUUUCUGGAACCGCUAUCUGGAGAGCUGGGACACCAUCUUUGCUUUUGGGCAAAAACUAAUUGACAAACGAAUGGAGGAAAUCGCAGCCCAGCUAGAAGAAGGAGAAAAGCCUAAAGGUGAAUAUCUAACCUAUCUGCUGUCAAGUGGGAAAGUAACCAUCAAGGAAGUAUCUGGAAGUGUGGCCGAGUUACUCAUGGCUGGUGUAGACACAACAUCCAACACAUUAGCCUGGACUCUCUACCAUCUUGCUAAGGACACUGAGAUUCAGGGUGCCUUAUUCCAAGAAGUCGUGGGUGUGGUAUCCAAAGAACAGAUCCCCACUACUGAAGAUUUGACCAGGAUGCCCCUGCUGAAGGCUGUCAUCAAGGAAACACUGAGGCUGUACCCUGUGGUGCCUAUCAAUUCCCGAGUGGCAGUGAAGGAUGUCAUCAUAGAAGGUUACCAUUUCCCCAAAGGGACAUUGUUCUCUUUCUGUCAUUUUGCGCUUUCUCGCGAUGAGGCCAACUUCCCAGAGCCCAACAAAUUUGUGCCGCAACGCUGGCUACGAGAAGAGCACACUUCAGCCCAUCACCCCUUCAGCUCCAUCCCCUUCGGCUAUGGGAUCCGAGGCUGUGUGGGACGUCGCAUUGCUGAAUUAGAGAUGCAUUUGGCUCUUGCCAGGAUCAUCCAGAAAUAUGAAAUAAGACCUGAUCCCCAAGGAGGUGAAGUUAAACCCUUAGCCCGUGUAGUCUUGGUGGCAGACAGACCCAUCAACCUUCAAUUCCUGGACAGACAAACAGACGAUUCUUCACAUGCCUUUGGAUAGACAGCAGAAAGGAUCUCUCCUACAGCUUUAGGGUGCCUAAAUUCCUAUCUUGUGUGUGUUCUGUUCCUGAUCUAGUGACUUUCUUCCUUGAGUUUGUAACCAUGGAAAUGUCUUUUCACAAAUGAUAUAUAGCCAUGCUGAGAGCUUUGAGGGGAAAUAAAAGGAUAGGAUGUCCAUUUUAAAAUAAACUGUAUUCCUACUAAAUACUUUUAAGCUUUAAGAAAAUGAAGAAACUACAGUCUUUGGACUUUGCCAUCAUGCUUUAAAAAUUACCGUAUUUUUUGCUCCGUAAGACGCACUCCCUCCCCCCCAAAAAGUGGGGGGGAAAGUGUGUGCAUCUUAAGGAGCGAAUACUGCAAAAAAUUCACACAAACGCCUCUAAAAACUAGGUGCGUCUUAUGGUCAGGUGCGUCUUAUGGAGCGAAAAAUACGGUAAUUGUUCUGCCUUCCUUCUCUUUGUACUUAACAUCCAGCCUGAUGAAGAGUUCAGGAGAACUCAAGAACUGCUCACUUUUUUGCAUUUUUUGUUUGGUCCUAAUAAAAGGCAAUACACUACUGUUGUCUUUGGCAUUUUCCUGUGGACCAGGGGAUUUACCUACAGUCUUUCUUAACACUGUGUCAAGUUCCCUUGCCAUUGUUUUCUUGUUUCCAAAUGUGCCUAAGAAAUGUAUGCUUAGCUUUGUCUCUGAGAAACCGAAAGUUAUAUGCCUCCUGCGAAAGAGCCUGGCACUCAAGGUGUUUCACAGAAUGCUUUGUAGUGUGAGAACACUUGAAUUGUAACAAAUGCUUUUGAAUUAAUCUUGCGCCCGAGCCAAAAAGGCACGCCUGUAACAGUCAUUGUGAUAGUGUAUAACUAACCCACCUGAACCUAUAUACCAGUUUCGGCACUGGACCUGUCCAGUGUCAUCUUUUGCUAUCUUACAAUAAACACUAAUCUUGAGAA